UGUUACCUAUCGCUCAGUCGGCAACACCACCAUCAAGCAGAGCUCCAUUGACUCGACGCAAUAUUAAUACCCCGCGAUCCCCAGCUCCAUGGCCGCAAACCAGCAGCUGCUGCAGCAUCCAUCCAUCCAUCCUACCUCACCAGCUCCAAACCGCUUCUUUAGCCAACCGAAGCAACCAGCAUCCGUCCAUGGCCGUGCUGUUAGCGAGGCAGGGGCGCGAGCUGCAGAGGUACAGCCAGAACACCGGCGGGCGCAUCGUGGUGGGCUGCAUCCCGUACCGCGUGCGCGGCGACGGCGAGCUGGAGGUGCUGGUGAUCACGUCGCAGAAGGGGCACGGCAUGAUGUUCCCCAAGGGCGGGUGGGAGGAGGACGAGUCCAUGGACGAGGCCGCCCGGCGCGAGGCCCUCGAGGAGGCCGGCGUCCUCGGCGACACCGAGCCGGUCCUCGGCUUCUGGCACUACAAGAGCCGCCGCUACGUCGACCAGACCUACGAGGGCUUCAUGUUCCCGCUCCGCGUCGCCGACGAGCUCCACCAGUGGCCCGAGAUGGCCUCCCGCAAGCGCACCUGGGCAACGGUGCAGCAAGUGAUGGACGGAUGCUCGCACUGGUGGAUGCGGGAAGCGCUCGAGCAGCUCGUCUCCCGGCACGCGAAGCUGCAGUCUGCUCUCUGACUGAUUCAUCGAGCGGGGCGAAGCUCGCGCGGGAGCGAUUCACGCAAGGAAGAAUCAGGAGCACGAACGCGGUCACGCCUCUCUCGGUGCAGCGGCAGGCCGGCCGGCCGGCGUUUGCCGGGCUCGGAUUGAGUAUAUUUGGCCGCCCUCACCAGAGAGAUGACGAUGACGGAUGACCUGCUCUGCUGCGUGGUCGAUGCUGGCGAUGCUUUCUCGAGCGUAUGAAGUUAGACAGGAAAUGAUUGAAGAGAAAGUAAAGAAAAUCAAACAGGACACACAGAGAACAGCGCGUAGCAAUUCACGAUUCUUUGGAAGUGUAAAAACUGUACUUUAGCAAUUAGUGUUUCUUGGAUGUGAAAUUAAUGCAGCCUGUUCAUGAAA